AUGUGCGCAACUAAAAUUUCGCACUUUAUGAAGCAGUACUUGCCCAACAAGCCUCAUAAAUGGGGCUUCAAAUUGUACGUGCUCUGUUGUCUGAUGGGUUACGCAUAUUCAUUUGAAAUUUACUCAGGAACUCAUGACUACAAAAGACUACCAAAUGAGCCAAAUCUUGGAGCAGUUUCAAAUACAGUGGUGCGUUUGCUUCGACCUGUACCGAGAAAAGUAAAUCAUAUAGUGUACUUUGACAACUUUUAUUCAAGCCUGACUCUGUUUCAUCAUUUGCACAAGGAAGGCAUAUAUUGCUUAGGUACAGUUCAAAGAAACAGAUUAGGAAAAACCUGUAAGCUACCAAAAAAGGAAGAUGUACAGAAAACAUCUGUACCAAGGGGUUCGUACGACGAGAAUGUUGCUUCUCUUGAUGGUGUUGAGUUUGCAGCGACUAGCUGA